CUUGUGUUUUUUAAAUGAUAUAGCGGAAUUUAUUUAGUCUGUGAUUAACGUGAUUUCGACCCUGUGGAUUGAACCAAAAAUCAAUUUUCUGAGCCUAAAAUUCUUGAUCGAUUACUAUAAUCAAGUAAUUAUUUAGUAAAUCUCACUAGUUGAUGUUCGAAUGCUUUCGAAUCCAAUCUGCAUUUACCCAUCUUAAGUAGUUUAAGCUUGUGAUGAGCAAUUGCAGAUUAAAUUUGAUGGAAUUGUCAAUUUAUGAUCAAAAUAACUGCUGAUGGUUAUUUAUUAAGUUUGAUUAUCGUUGUUGCCAGUUUAAGGAUUACGAGUUUAUUUCCAUUUUUCAUUUGUGUUUAUGUUAGUUUAUUGUUUGCAGUAGCAUUUGAUUUAUUUCAUUUGGAUUUUUUUUUAUUUGAUGAUAUUAAUCGCUUAUUUUUUUUUUCCUCACUAAUUCAUGUAUAUCAGCUUGCCGUAUGAUUGGUAGGUUCUUCCUGCUCUAAUUGAAGCUCCAAUUGGGGGCUAAGUCUAUCUGCUUUGAAGUCAUGUUUGUACCAAAUGAAGAUAAUACUCAGCUUUCAUCUCACUUUUUUGGGGAUCUCUUGGAUUCCGUAAUUGUUGAUGUUGCAUCUGAGAGUCAUCGGCUAGCAAAGUUGGGCCUUGAUCGUAAUUUGGAGGAAGAGGAAGAAGAAAUGAGUUUAUCAGCACAAGCCCGAGCAAGGGUGUCUGACCCUAGUAACAAUGGUGAAACAAAUGGCAAGCAUGUGGUGGAUAUAUUUGGACAAACAUACCCUUCUGUUGCCAGUAAAAUAUUUGAAUGCAUGAACUGUGGGAGAUCUAUUGCUGCAGGGAGGUUUGCUCCUCACUUGGAGACAUGCAUGGGAACGGGUAGAAAGGCUCGUCUCAAGGUUACAAGGAGUACCACAUCUGCACAAAACCGUUAUUCACGAGGCAGCCCUGUUUUGACGUAUUCUCUGAGCACAAAUCGUUUAUCGAAUGGAACACCUGGUGUUGCAGGCGAGUACUCCAAUGACACUUACAAGGAACCAUGAAAAAAACCUAGAGCAAAUGCCUUUCGAUGCGAUUUUACAGUUUUAAAGCAAAUGCAAUUACCCACAUAAAUUUGUCAUAGUUAAAUUGAGCUUCAGCAUUUGAAGUAGCUAAGGAUGAAAUGGGAUAACUAAGUGCCUACCAGUACCAAAUCAUCAACACGCAAUUGCGGUCAAAAACAACACUAGAGUGUUUUCUGUUAACUUAAUUGAUUCUUGUAUCGAACUACACAUGCUAACAAAUUCAGCUGCAU